AAAAUGCUAUUUACAUUUACAUGUGAUUCGAUCGCGAAAGUGAUAAAACUGUCCGCUCCAGUUUCAUUUGUGAUUUAGAAUUAAAUCCUUUUUCAGGUAUAGAAGACGUCUGAUACUUAAAUUAUGUAGAGUUACAUAUGUCUAUUGAAUGUUUUUAUAAUUAGGACAUGAUACCAAUAUUUUGUGCAAUAUUUGGUGCAUUUGUAAAAUUAAUGAGAUAUAACACUGUGAUAGAUACUCUUGCUAUAUUUAAUUAAAAUAACAAUUAAAAAGAUCAUUACCCUUGACUCAGUUUGACGGGGGGAUUAGCAACCUUGUCUGAAGGUAAACUUGAAAGAAAGAGUCAGCAAAGCCUGUGGGCAAGUGAAUGACCAAGGAAUAUUGGAUAUAAUUUCAACUUGUAGCGAAAAUACUGGUAGUAGAGUAACGCAUAUAUAUAAGCCUUGUUGUGCGGAUGUUGUGCUCAGUCAGAUACGCGCUGGUAAACGCGGGUAAACACUUUGUCGCAAAGUACUGCAAAUUUUUGUAGUGUUAAAGAAAAGCGAAAGACUCAGAACAUCAAAUGUCGACUAAUUACACAAAUAUUAUUCUACUCAUCAUGGUGACAACUUGCGCGGCUACACCAAUUUUUUUAUUAACUUCUGAAGCGACGUUUGCCCACCCAGCUGUCUUAAUUAAUUCUGCAAUGGAAGAUAAUUUGCCUAACCAAUUACGAAAUAAUUUCUAUAAAAAUCCAAAUAUCGCUGCUAGUCUUGCUAAAGAAUCCUGGUUUAUUGAUAAAGAAAUGCAGGUAAUCGACAGAGAAACAGAUAAAAUUCCGAGAGAAAAGGUCUACAGUAUGCUACAUAAUGCUGGACUCGCUCGCAAAUAAUACCAAGCACAUAAAUAAAAACUGUAUAUUGUUGAAGAUAUCUUAUUUUUAAUAUAUUUAUUUGUAUACUUUCUUGUUUACAUUUAAUGUCAGAUACAAAUAACAGAAUUACAAUUUCCUAUUUUUAUUAAAUUUUCAUUAAGCU